AAAAGUCAUUCUCGGGGAAGUCCAAAACGAGUUGCAUUCAAAGGGGAUUUGACAGGGAUCUCAAAUGUUUGCUGACUUUUACUUUUUGCCAGUUCCAUUAUUCUCUCCCCUGUGUAUCCCUCUCUCUUCCUAUCUAUUGUAAUCCUAGAAUUACCAAAACUGCCUUUCCGCACUAUUAAUUACCAUGGUUCAGCACUUUGGUUUUCGACAGCUGCCAGGAUCCAUUACCAUCGCUACCACCCACCCAUCAAACAGGAGACAAACACCCGCCCGGACAACAAAGGCAGCUGAAAUGUAACCAAAACAAAAAGCUACGAGUAUGAUAAAUGUUAUGCGUAGAUCUACUACCCCUUAACCAAUGGCACCCCCCACAAACUCAGCCAUUUCCAUGCCACCAUUCGAUUCCGACCCCGUUCGAAUCCUGCCAGGGCCAGUGCCAGGAUAAAUGUGGAAAUGCAUUUGCCCAUCAAAUGCAGUCGGGCCAAUAAAUUCAUUAAUAAAUGGAAAAGUGAAAAGCGCAGCAACUUUACGUUUCCUCUCCUGCUCCUUGCGUCCUUUGUUAUCCUUGUGGUCUGGGUGGUGCUGGGUGCUGGGUGCUUGGUCCUGCGUCCUGGAUCCUGGGCUGCGCAUAAUGCCAGCACUGUUUGUAAAGUUCUGCAAUGUCAGGCGCCUUCUCUUGCUUUAGUGUCCAGUCCAUUCCACUCCCCGAUACCCAUCUACCCAUCCCACUACUUGAAUAAUGGAUAUUGAAAUCGCAUCGACUCGUAUAGGGGUGUGAGAAAUUGUACUUUAUACCGAUUAAUGCUGCCGUGUUGGAGGACAAAACCCCUGACCAUUGAUUUGAUUGCCGGGCAAAUGGUCCUUUUCCUCUGCCGAGGCAGCUCCUGCUGCUGCCAGACAUCUCCCCGUCCCAGUCCCGGUCCACUGCCAUUCCUGUCCACCGCCAGCCUGUUGCCCACGUCUGACUCUGGCACUCCUUUGUUCUGCCCAGUCAUUCAUCUCGGAUGCUCUUGUUUGCAUUCUGUGUUUUCUUUUGGGUUUUAGGGUGUUUGCCGUUGUCUAUUGUAUGCACCGGCGUCCGGCAAACGGGACUGGGAGCUGUAAACCGGGACUGCUGAGUUUAUUUUAGUUGGAGCCAGACGAUAAAAAAAAAUCAAGGCGCCUCAGCCUCAUAAAGUAUUUAGUGCGACAGAGAUACCGGGAUGCCGCACACCCGGCACCAUUUCCCAGACCCUAUCCAAGGAUGACAAUAUUCCUAUUUUAUUUGCGGAUAUCCCAUAGAAAUAAACAGGAAUGGAACUUAACAGCCGCCUGGCACUUGCGGGUGCAAGGGGUAUGUGCGGGUAAUUGGGCCAACUAUAAGUAGAAGAGCGUCCCAAAUAUCUGCAUCUAAUUUAAGAACACGAGAGGAAUACUCGAAAGUGACGCAUCUUCGCCAGACAUAAAUCUCCCGAAAUGAGCCGUAAAUGUUUGGGGUGGCCGCUGGUUGAGUGAGUUCUACAGAACGCACUCACAAUGUUGCAAUUUCAGUUUCAAUUUCAAUACUCUCGAUAUAUAGAGAGCUCCCCGGCUGGCAUCGGUUGCGGAUGGAGACCAACAUUUUGUUGUCAAUUGAAACUAAUGAAUAAAUUACCCAUGCAGUGUAAGACAGUGGAAAAUUGAUGAGAGAAGUUCAAACUGGGGGCUGAACCCAUGGUUCUGGUGUGUGACCGAGUGGUUCGGUUCGGUUCGGUAAUGGGAACUCGACAAACAAUAGAUGACCGACUUGAAAGUUGUGCAAUAGAGUGACAGCAGUAAAGUGACUCGGUCGGAGGGGCGAGUAUUAAGUAAGAGAAUCAAAACAAAACCAUUAUAAAGUGAAUGAGAAAUCCCUUUGAGAGAUAGCCUGCCCAAGUAUCUUAUAUGUCUGAGAAAACUACGUACCUAUAUGACAUACCCAACACCUAGCAGUGUUCCCCCCAGACGAGAGGCAACCAAUUCCUGGGCUGCUUAGCAUUCCACUCAGAUACUAGUAGGAGGAAUGGGUUGGGGACCGGGAGGGCAGCUAUAGGAAUCCCAUGCCAAUUUGCUGCUGUGUGCAAGAAUUUCAUUAAUGUCCACAGCAACAAAGAAACGGUAAAUACACCCCAGAGAACUGAGGAGGUGCACAUUUAUGGAAAUUAUUAAGUGCAAGCAAUGACCAAGUGGUUUCUUUUCUCUCUCUCUUCGUCUUUUUCCCAUUUUCCUUUCAAACAGCUUGAAUGCAUUUCUUGUGCGUAGAUAUUUUUAUGGGCAUUUGCUGGAAUGACAACAGCAAACACGCUGGCUACGAAGAUAUAAUUACAUCAAACUCUUUCUCAACAACAGUACAGAUGGUAAUGGAAACGGACUUAUCUAGAGAGUUCCUUCAACGUGUAACCUCGUUCAACCCACUAUAUAAUUGUCGCCUUAUCGUCUUACUGGGUUCUAAAGUUCAAAGAAUAAACGAUUAGGCUUCAAAGGUGUCAAACCGCAAGACAUUCCCCGACCAGAAAACCUUGGAUAGGGGUUUUACCCCUUAAAUUGAACGACUAAGAAUACAGGCACAGCUGACCUAUGAAACCCUAGUACGAAUUGAGCACAGAAACCGUACAUAUGUACAUAUAACCCCAUUUGGCCUUGGUUAUUGCAUCUUUGAUUCUGCGGAUCUCUCAAUUGAUCUUAAUUAAUGUUCAUUUUAAUUCGUACGCCUCUCUUUUUAUGGUCUGAUCUUUGUAAUGCAGUAAAAAUAAGUAUACAAUAUACUAAAAUUUUAAGAUGUUUCCGUUCGCAUUCCUUUGGUUUUCCAAAUGAGGCAAUCGCUUGGGUGUUGGGGACAUUUACAUACAUCAUUGAAAUAUUUUGACGCUUCGUAUAAUUGACAGAGGGCACGUAAUCCUUUCCAUUAAUAGCGACAGGUGUCUGAGGUCCUUUAAUUGCUCUGCCACCUUGAAUGCAAACCACAUCAAAGGGGAAACCCUUAACCGCAAGCUAUUCCUAGUAUCAGAGCUCUAUAAAUACCGCCUCAUUCGUCAAUGGAGCACUCAGAACACUUUCGAAAUGGAAUCCGUGCAACGCAGCUACGAAGACUUCCCCGCAAUGCCCAGCGCCGUUUUUCGACUCAUGGGCUACAAUGUGUUGGACGCACCGGACGAGACGCGUUCGCGGAGGCUGGUAAUGUGGAUCUACCGCUGGCUGUGCACCUGCAGCCACGCAGUCUGCGUGGGAUUUAUGAUUUUCCGAAUUUUUGAGGUCAAAACCAUAGACAGCAUCCCGCUGAUCAUGCGCUACGUCACUUUGGUCACCUAUGUCAUCAAUUCGGACACCAAGCACGCCACCGCCAUGCAGCGAGACUCGAUUCGAAAUCUCAAUAAGAAACUGGCCGACUUGUAUCCGAAAACUACCAAGGAUAGAGAAUAUUAUAGGGUGAAUGAACACUACUGGUCGCGAUCAUUUUUGGCCAUGAUUUUCAUCUACAUUGGGUCCUCCAUUAUGGUCGUCAUUGGUCCCAUUCUACAGUCGAUUUUCGCCUAUUUCACACGGCACCAGUUUACAUAUGAACAUUGCUAUCCAUAUUUCAUAUACGAUCCCAAUCGACACCCGGUCUGGGUCUAUAUCAUCAUCUAUGCCACGGAGUGGCUUCACAGCACCCACAUGGUGAUCUCCAACGUAGCCACAGACCUCUGGCUGCUGUGCUUUCAGGUGCAGAUCUGCAUGCACUUUAGCUGCAUGACUCGAUCCCUGGAGGAGUACCAACCCGAUCGGACGCACGAUGGAGAUGAUAAUCGCUUUCUGGCGCAGAUUGUGAACAAGCACGAAUACCUGGUUAUCCUUCAGAACGAUCUCAACGGUAUCUUUGGUGGGUCGCUGUUGUUAAGCCUCAUUACCACUUCGGCAGUUAUCUGCACGGUUUCGGUGUAUUCGCUUAUACAGGGCCUAACCUUGGAGGGGAUUACAUAUGUGUUUUUCAUCGGCACUUCAGUCAUGCAGCUGUUCUUGGUUUGUAAUCACGGCCAGCAGCUUCUCGAUUUGGGCGAAGACAUUGGCCACGCCGCCUAUAACCACAACUGGCACAAAGCCUCGAUUGCCUACAAGAAGUAUCUGCUGAUUAUCAUUAUCCGCGCCCAAAAGCCAGUCGAACUCAGCGCCAUGGGGUAUUUGCCGAUCUCGCGGGACACCUUCAAGCAGGCAAGUACAGUCCGUAGUUUUACAGAGCAUUGCUUAAUCCGAGUUGCCUGUCCGAUUCAGCUGAUGAGUGUGACUUACCGGGGUCUCGCCAUGAUACGUCAAAUGAUCGAAUAGAAGGAAUGAACGCACACAUUAUUUGAACAUUAAUCAGCUUUAAUCGCACUACACACUAUAGGAAUCUAGUCACUAGCAUCACUUGGGAUCCGUGGGCAACUUGAAGCCGACCACAUCGGCUGUUUCCUUAACGGACCGCUCUCCACGUCCAUGGUACUCCUUGUACAGCUCAUUAUAGUUGCGCAGACUACUCAAGUAGGUGAGAUAUGUUUGGCCUAAGAAGACUGCCUCGUUGCGGGCCUUGCACAGCUGCUGGUCGGUUGUCUCAUACUUUUUGUACUGCGCCAGUAUGUAGCGUGCGGCCAAGGAUUCCUUAAUGCAGCCAUUUGGCGACGCCUGGCGGAGCUCGUGCAGCAGGGAGCGCAGAACUUUGGUGGCCGACAUCCUGCGCCAAGGGUAAAAAACUUAAUUUAUUGAAAACAAAUUAGAGAGCGCCUUCUUACGUGAUUGUGAUGAUUAUCGAAAAUUGUGAAGAGUUAUCGGAGCCGAACAGCUGUUGGCAACAGAGUUGCCACCUCCUCGCCUUAUUUGUGUCAUAUUCAUCAGUUCCUAAAUAAAAACCGCAUAAAUCCGUUUUGGAAAAACAAUUUAUUUAUAAAUUUCUUAUUUAGCAGUUAACUGAACUCCGAAGUCCUAUGUCCGCGAUGCGAUUACUUCCUGGGCUUGCCAGCCGCAGGCUUCUGUCCGGGCUUCUUGCCGGCAGCUCCCUUAGCGCCAGCGGCUCCCUUGGGGCCCGUGGAUUUGGCACCGGCCUUGCCGGCUCCUGGCUUCGUGGGCUUGCCAGUGGGCUUCUUCUUCUGCUCAACCUUGGGGGCCUUGACCGGCUUCACCAAUGCCUCGCGCUGGCUCUUCAGGGCCUUGACGAUCUUCUGCUCCUCGAUGAGGAAGGCACGAACGAUGCGCUCGCGCAGGCAGCCGUGGCACAGAACGCCUCCGUAGGUGCGGGCGACGGUCUUUAGGCGCUUGGACAUGCGUGGGCGCUCGCUGGGCCGGGAGGGGGUGAUACCCUUAAGCUUCUCCUUGCAUUGGCCGCAAC